AUGUGCCUUCUUUUGGCUCGGACGGUGUCUCCUUCGCUGCGGGGUCCUAGUCCGUACCGCCCUGCGCCUCCUCGCUGCACAGUCCGUGCGCCUCCCGCCACCCUGGUGGUCCUCGGCUGCCUGGGCAGCAGGGCUCUGCUGGUCGUGGGCUUGGACCAGGGAGUGUCCGUCCUUGUGUUCAUCAGCGUGAUCCGGACCGUGUGCGUGGUGUCACUGAGCAGUGCGCGGGCCAGCUGGAGACCCUACCUGGCCUAUCUGCUGGGGCUGCUGGGGGUUCUGCUUGCACGGUAUGCUGACCGGCUCCUGCCGGCCUCAGGGACCAGCGGGACGGGGUGCUGUGGCUCUGUGACCGAGGCGAAGGAGGAGGACAUCCCUGUCUUCAAGCGGAGACGGAGGUCCAGCUCCAUAACGGCCUCGGAGAUGAUCGCUCACAGUCAGAGCAACAGCAAGUCCCACCGCAGGACUUCGCUGCCGUGCAUUCCGCGGGACCAGGUAAGACGCAUCCUGCGCGGGACAUCCGCGCUGCUCUCGCCUGUCCUUGUGCCUUCUCUGUGUAGUAGCCUCCUUCUGCUUAUGUGA